CCCACCCAUCUCUUGCUCUCAUUUUUGGAAUCAAGAAACCCCAAAACCCGAUCUCCAUUUCGGGCGAGAUUCCGUUUCUAUCGGCUGCUCGUUUCAGAGGCUUUUGUUUCUCAGAUUUCGCAUCGGAAGCUUGCACAUAUUCAGUGAUGGCACCAAGUAGGAGAUCACGUCGUUCGCGCACUGGAUCUACCCCUUCUACCCGUGAUGCGACGGAGACAGCAUCGCCGUCACAUGUUGCAUCGCAGGCGUCUGAUCUCUCAGUUGCGCAUACACUGGGCACUGCUUCAUCGUCGACCAGUCGACGAGGACGUGGACCCACGCGUGGGUUACUUUUAGAGCGACUUACGCGUGAGGGUAGGGUGAUGGUAGAGUUUCCACAGGACUGCAUUAGACCUGUUGGGGACAAUGCCAGGUUGUUUACGUCGGAGGUCGGUGUCUUAUGUCGAUCUCUGAUCCCCCCCACCACCCCUCGUUGGGCAGAUGUGACGGAUGAUGUGCGACAGCUUAUUCGUCAGCGCCUUCAGGAUAAAUUUGUCUUGGAUUUGAGUAUUCCGUAUAUUUCCCAUGCCGUCGACGACAUGGUUAAGGAGCGGUUUAGGGAGUACCGCAGUUACUUACAUCAGCGGUACAAGCGGUGCAUGAGUCACGAGGAGGGCGUACUGUCUGCACCACCGCACAUGACUCAUGACGACUGGCGGAUACUCUGUGACAGAUUUUCGUCUGAUUCUUUUCAGAAGAGGAGCAAAAUAAAUUCUGACAACAGGGGAAAGCUGGAAGUGAACCACGUUGCUGGUUCAAAGUCAUUUUUACAACUUCGUCACGACAUGCGAGAUUCUAUCACCGGCCAGGAGCCUGGACCAGUAGACCUCUACAAAGGGACUCACUGUCGGCAGGCGACAGGAUCUUGGGUACAUCCUAGAGCCAACGAGAAUUGGGCGACGAUGGACACCUUACGCAGUCAGCCCACUCCUGAUGGUACUCAGCGGAGUGAGCCAGAAAUCCUGAGUGAGGUACUUGGCACCCGUUCUGGAUAUGUGCGUGGGUUUGGCCAUGGUGCCAAGCUCAUGGCACCUGCUAGAGCUGCCUCCAGCCAAUCCGUCGUUGGCAAGAGCGCUGUACGCCGAGCUGAUAUCGCAGAGAGAGAGGUUCAACAGCUACAGGUCGUCGUCGAUGACAUCAGAGAGCAGUUGGAGAGGCAGAGGGAGGAGCAGGAGAGGCAGAGGGAGGAGCAUGAGAGGAGGAUUGAGGUGAUGCGGGUGGAGCAUGAGCGACAGAUGGCGGAGAUGUUUCAGUCUUUCGCUGCACGCUUACCCAUUGAUGCCUCACCACCUCCGCCUUCAUUUGAUGCCCCACCACCUCCGCCUUUACGUAAAAGUAAUUCAAAAAAAAAAUUCGCAGGUAAAAGUCCUCUUUACCGACGAAAAAAAAAUCGUCGGUGAGUCCUAUUUCUUGUAGUGAUAGUCAAUGACCUAAGUUACUGUGUUGAUGUAACUUAUAUGUUGAUUUACUAAUUGGACAUGAAAUGGGCGAUAUACUGAUGUUAUUAGAUAGUAUGGGACCCUGUUGAUUCAAAUAUGAGAAUCAGAAUGAUAUAUACAAUAUAUGAUUCACAACUGCUUUUGUUAUGACUA